AUGUUCUUCUCCAACAUCGUCAUCUCCGGCCUCCUCGCCGCCACCGCAGCUGCCAUGCCUGCCCCCCACGCUGCCCGCAGCAACCCCACAAGCACAGCAUCCGCCUCAUCCUCCUCCUCCACAGGAGGCGGUCUCCAAAUCGUCAACAACAUGGACUCAACCGUCUACCUCUGGACCACCUCAGACUCCUCAGGUGACAUGCAAUCCAUCAACAGCGGCGGAGGCACCCACUCCGAGAGCUGGGAGACCAACUCCAACGGCGGCGGUAUCUCAAUUAAGCUGUCUACUUCCGAGAGCGAGGACAGCGUCCUCCAAUUCGAGUACACCCAGGAGACCGAUGAUACCCUUUACUGGGAUUUGUCCUCUAUCAACCUUGACUCGAGCUCGGACUUCAUUACUUCCGGCUUUGCUGUGACUAUUAGCGAUGACUCUUGUGUUACUGCUAGCUGCUCUGCUGGUGACUCUAACUGCCUUGCGUCUUACCAGCAGCCUGAUGAUGUUGAUACCAACUCUUGCUCUACUUCUGCCACUUAUACUCUUACUUUGGGCUAA